UCGAAGAAUCGAAGCUGAAUUUUUUAUGUAUUUAUUAACUAUUCUAGUCUGUUUCGAUUAGCGCUGUCAGAUAAAAAAGUUGUGACCAAAACUGUUUUUUAGCCCAUUUGAUUAGCUUCAACAAGUAGGAAUUUAAGCCUUUAUGUUGUUUUGGUAUGAUACCAACACCAUUUUAUUCCCAUAUCAGCGAUGAAGAUUUUUUAAGUAUAUACGAACCUUCUGAAGAUACUUUUUUGUUAAUUGAUACUCUUGAAAAAGAACAGCAUAUCUUAAAAAGCCAAAAGCCAUUGAUAUGUUUAGAGGUUGGAUCUGGUUCAGGAGUUGUUAUAACAUUCCUUGCUAAAAUUACUGAGAAUAAAUCAUUUUAUAUAGCAACAGAUAUCAACUUAAAUGCCUGUAUUUGUUCAAAGAAGACUGGACAUGAAAAUAAUGUUUAUGUUGAAACACACUGUGAUAGUUUUGCUUCAAGCAUGAUGCAGCGAUUGCAAGGCAACAUUGACAUUUUGUUGUUUAAUCCACCUUAUGUUUUAACUCCUUCAGAAGAAAUUGGAAAAAAAGACAUAAGUGCUGCAUGGGCUGGUGGAAAAGAUGGCAGAGAGGUUAUAGAUAAGUUUUUGCCACAAGCUAUUAAUCUUCUAUCACCAGCUGGUUUUUUUUAUAUUGUCCUCAUCAAAGAAAAUAAACCUUAUGAGAUUAUUUCUUUUAUGCAUGAUAAUGGCUUUCAUGGAGAAGUGGUUGCAGAACGAAAAUCUGGUCCUGAAAACUUACUUGUUAUAAAGUUUUCACGAUCAUAAAUAUUAAAAGAUUUAUUUUUAAUUCAA